AUGGCAGAAACCUUGGAAUUUGAGGUAGACGAUACCUCACCCGCCAUAUCCUACUAUCCUUUUCGCGACACCUUUUCCACGCCAAAUCUCACCGCUGGCUGGAACCCUUAUUUUAGCGGAUCUGGUUUUUUAACAUCCUCGGGAGAGACGGGCGAGGGGACCAGUCUUCACAUCUCAUCACUGAACGGUGCUUCGCUUUCCAUACAAUGGCAUGGAACUGGCAUUCAAUUAUAUGGAAAUGUUACGAAUGCUUCCUAUGUCCUUACUCUGGAUGAGACAACGAUCGAUAUUUCUUCACUGGAACGGUCUGAUACAAUGCUCGCCAGCAUUAGUGGCCUGUCCAGCAUAAGCCACAAUAUUACAUUAACUGCGCAAAUCACGACCCCAGAAACAACCGGAUCUAUGCUCGUUUUCGAUAAAGCUGUAAUUACAGCAACGUCCCCGACAAACGUAUCUAGCAACUUAAAUUUUACAUUGCAGACCAUAACGGACAGCAGGAUUAACUUUAAUGGGGAAUGGUCGUUUAACAAUGGGUUGGGCCAGGCGUUUCGAGAGUCAAACAAAGCCGGCGACACCGCUCGAGUAUCCUUCUUCGGUACAUCCUUUCUGGUCUUGGGAACGACAUCACCCGCUGCAGGAAAUUAUUCUGUUACAGUGGAUAAUAUUCAGACAUUUCUUUCAGCGAAAUCGUCAUUUACUCAAGAUAGUUCCUUACUGUAUUACGCCACCGGCUUAGACCCGGAUCUCGUCCACGACUUCGAAAUCUCGAAUGAAGAUGGUUCGUCAUUGAAACUUCCCACCCCCAAUCCUACUGCCUCCGCGACUCCAGCAGGCGAAUCCAUAGCAUCAGGUUAUCCACCAGGCACAAUUGCAGCCCUCGCAUUGGCAGGAGUCCUCGCUUUCAUUCUAUUAACCGGUCUGUUCUUCUUUCUGUUUGUUUAUCGGCCGAGAAGGCGCAGGAGCCUUCAACAUCAGAGGCAGCAAAAAGAUGAACAAUGGAAGAAGGAAUCCGAAGCCGGAGGUGUCCUGGAUAUUGCACCUUUACCGAAGACGCAUUCCCGGGAACGCCGCAGAGAUAGCGACUGGUCUCGGUGGAAGCGGGAUAUCGAAGGUACUGAUGGUCUGGGAAUUGACAUUGUUUUCCGGCACUCGGACUCGAUCAAAGAGGAGGGUGAUGUGGACCAUAUCGAAAGCCCUAACAACCCUCAACGGUCACCUGAGCCUACCUCUUUGGCGCAGAGAAAUAACAAGGGAAAAGGCAGGUGGUUUGGAAAGACCGACAAGGAGAGAUCAUCGCCUAGCUUCACGAUUGAUCUUCCCCUCCCUCCAAUCCUUAGAUCACGAUCCGCUUCCCGCCAAGGUUCCGAGAAUGGGAACGCGGCCCGUCAGCGUUCCCGCUCGAACUCUGCCAUUUCCUACCUUACUUCGUUCUCUUCGGCUUCUUUCGCUUCGCGAAAAUCCUCGAAUGCGUCGUCCCGAUCUCGCGACCGUCUGCCAGUCCCACGACCCAAGUCACAUCUUCGAACGUCGAGUCAAAGGCCGCUGCUGCAAUAUGAAAUCACCGCACCAGAAGCACCUCCGCGUCCGACAAGGCUCCGUCCUCUACCCCAGCCCCCUCGUCCUAUUUCUGACGGUAGCGGCCAAGAUUAUAUCGAUGAUGCAGUUACGGUACUGGGUCCGUCGACAUCUCAGACGGCCUUGAGGCACCUCAGUCCUCGACCAAGCGAGACCUUUACUCUCCAGGCACGCCCGACCCAUGAAGAACAGCAGCCGCUCGCGAGCACUAGUGAGCCCGUGGACUAUACUCGAGGCCGGCUAGACACCAGACCGAGUCUAUUGGAUUGCCAGUGCAGCCACGUAAACGGCGGCUUCCUAGCGGCGUGGCGAGUGCUGUCGGUCAUGGAGAGAGGUCAAGCCACCGUGCUUCGGGUUGCGUCUCGCGUCAGGUUUGAGGAAAGCGAAGCUGCAUCCACAAACGAUACCAGCGAGAGUGACUACCCUGAUAGUCAUAGGUUGACUGUCGAUAAUGUCUCUCAGGACGACCCUACUCCGUCUGGCCGCUCAGCCUUCCGACUUACACCCCUACAUCCCAUGGCUCCAGCUCCCAGAGUCACUUCAUUCCUCGACCUGAGCGGCUCGUCGGACGCCUCGAUACGCACCCGCUCCAACGACAACGAAAACGAAACACUUGCUUCAUCACACCGCAUCUCCUCCGAGAGACAGCCUGCAUCGCGCUGGAGCAGCACUACUGCACCCAGUUCUCAUGGCCACGCUCUAGAGUCUUCAUCACCCUCAAGCACAACGUUUCCCUUCCCUGUAUCAUUACCUGCAUCUUCCCACCAUCCUACCGGACAUCGACUAUCUCCACCACCUACUUUGCCUACUGUCCCUGACGACCAGCUUGAAUCGACUGCGCGUAUUCACAGGCAUCCAUUGUCCGAGCUAGCUCCCCUUUCCCCCGCGGAUAGCGUCCCUCUUUCUGUAUCAGACCUGCAUUUCAGACAAAGCGUCUCGGAUGAAGCCGGAGAACGCAGACCGCGUUCGAAUGGUUCGUUGCCUGCUCUCCCUAUGAACAUGUCACUGCUGCCGCGACACCCACCUCUUCCCGGUCAUGGAACCGGCACUGAAAGAAUGUAG